AUGGAGCAGAUCACCGAGUCCUCUUCCGUCAUCUUCAAGGGCGAUGUCCCGCUCGCCGUCCAGAGGCAGAUCGUCCAGUUCUCCAACUUCCACCUCAAGGACGUCAACUUCGCCCACUCGACAGGCCAGCGCCUCGCUCUCACCGAGGCCUCAGUCUACCGACGUCCCGAGGACCGCAAGCUGCAGUCCCGCGUCGUCUAUACCAUCACUGUUGACCACGAUAUGCUUAACCGGCAACAGACCAUGCACGGCGGCUGCACGGCGUUCAUCGUCGAUGUAUGCUCGUCGGUCGGGCUCGCGUUCCUCGGCAUGGUCCAGGGCAAGCCGGCCGACUUUGUCUCGCAAUCGAUCGUGACCACGUACCACGCGCCUGCGCCACUCGGCGCGAAGCUCAGCGUGGUAAGCACGACGACGUCGUUCGGCGCGCGUACGGUCGCGUCGCGGGUCGAGAUAUGGGAUGUCACGCACGGCCGGUUGUGCAUCUCCGGGACACACAACAAGAUGACACCGAAGCUACCGACGCCGACGCCAGCCGGCCUAGGGGCAGGGGGAGCGAAGCUGUAG